AUGGCACCCGCCGCCAACAUCGACACGGCCGUGUCAAACUCCUCUACGGCCCUCCAUAGCCCUCGACAUGCCCGCUCUCGCACACAGAGCGUAUCCAGCGACCGCCCGUCCACCAUCGCACACAGCCUCAUGUCGCCCCCUCUCGCCGUGUCCCCCGAGGCGGCUUUCAUAGCUGCUUCGGCCGCCUCCCAGAUUGUCACGAACGACCACGACAGCCACGCGGAAACCUGGUAUGACCAGGUCGGAAUCGAACCGUCGGGAGAGACUGCGCUCGUAUCAAACGGCGCCCUUCAGCUGGCAAACAACUUUGUCGACCAGCUUUUGUUCAAUAUCAUCGGAGUGGCCCGGGCGACCACACUGGGCGCACUGCGGCCAGCAGUCAGCGAGGUGCUGAAGCCAAAGCUCGCCAAAGAUGCUGUCAACCAGGCGGACGAGGAGUUGCGAGAGUAUCUCGGGGGAGGCGAAGUGGACGAUCUCGUUCAAUCACCCACCGAGGAGAGCUCGCGUGACUGGGACCUCGAACUGGUAUGGAAGCGCACUCGUCUUAGGUGCAUGGUCUACUCUUCUCUGGGAGACAUGGAGGAAGAAGACGAGGACUACUUCAUGGAACAAGAACAUCUCAACGCAGAGUCGGAGGAUCCUGCAGCUGGCGUCGUAUCCCCGGCUGUGGCCAUUUUCCUGACUUCGAUACUGGAAUACAUGGGCGAGCAGGUCCUGGUUGUGGCAGGACAGGCUGCUUUCAACCGCCUCCGUACCAGGUACGAGAAAGACUUGAAGGACGGCACUCGCUCCGCUGGAGAUGUGUCCGAACGAAUUGUCGUCGAAGAGCUGGACAUGGAGCGCGUGGCUCUGGACCGCACGCUCGGAAGACUUUGGCGAUCGUGGAAGAAGAGGAUACGAUCGCCUACCGAGCCCAAUUUCUCCCGCGCCUUCACCCGAAGCGCUACGCACAGCCGUCAUGGCAGUACGGCAGGGGAGACCCUCCAGGGACUCCAUUCGCCACGCGAGGUGGUCCCCGAAUCGGAGGAGACUAAAUCGAAGGGACAAGUCGGCGAGGAAGAGACAGCAGAAUCAAAGUUGGAGCCAGAUGCGAUUCCCCUGCCCAUCGGCGAGAAUGACGUUGCUGAAAUCGAAGUCCCCGGCCUUGUGUGGUACAGUGAUGAAGAGGACAGCGAUGCCGACGACGAGGAUGAGGAUGCGUCUCCGCCGCGGCCUAAGAGCUUGAUGAUCUUCUCCUCCAUCCCGCUCGAGAGCCCGCCCACCCCUGGCCUCUCGCAGCCGCACACUCCUGUUCAGCUAAACCGAAGGCGCGCAAACUCGCUUCCAACCCCAGCUACUUCGCCAUACAGUUUAGUGAAAACUGAUAAGUACGAAGCGGAUCUUCCACAAGCAGAAGAAGAAGAAGACGCUGCCAUCGCUGAAAACCCCGAGUUGACCACUUCUGAGUCGUCUUCAUUGCUUGUUGCCCCGGAUUCGAACUUGAACGAAGAUGGAGUCUCACCGCUCGAGACGCCUUUGGAGGAAGAGCCCACAGCUGAACAUGGCACAGACCGCAUUUCCAAGAUCAUGUCUGGCGCCGCUGCGGUCGGUUCGGCCGCCGUUGCUGGUGUUGCAGCGAUGGUCCAAGGCACAGCCCCACAGACUGUCCCUACCCCGAUGGAGGAGGACGAGAUUGAUGAUUUCCCAGAGGAAGCGGAGAUCCUCACGUCGUCGCGCGUUUCCUUCGGUGGCAGAAGCUCCCCAUCGGCAUCCGAGUCCGGUCGCCCCCCUUCACUACUUGUUAGAUCUAACAGUGUGCGCUCUGUUCGUGUGAUCGAUGUUCAAGGCCCAAAAAGCCCCAGCGUAAAGUCAAGGAAUGGCUCGGUCGACAUUCCAGACUUUGCCAGCUCGCGGCCGAUGUCAAACAUAUCCCGAGACGGUGGCAUUUCCACCCCGCCCAUUGCCGAGGAAGGUGUCGACUCUGAUUCCUCAGCUCGAGCAUCCAAGAGAAACGCUGUUAUCGUACCGACUAUUGAAGACUUCCGCGAGACCAGACCGUCCCGAGAUGUGGCCCCGACGAGUGCACCGCACCCUGCCAGAAGUGUCGCCCCGACCUCUGCACCGAGAUCGACAUCGUCUGAGAAUGUCACUAGGGUCGCCACGGUGGGAGCGGGUGCUGGAAGAUCUUUCUUGGACCUGGACGCAAAACCGGAUGUACCACAAAAGCCUGCUCCACAGCAAAAGCAGCCGGCAAUGCCCACCGUACCUGAGAGGAGCUCUGGCAGACCAUCUGUCGAGCGCAACCAUUCUGGGGCCCGCAGUUCCCCAGAGUCUCCCCAGACUACCCGUGCUAAGCUCGCGGAUUCGCCAUCGUCUUCGUCCUCCAACAAACAUAAGCCACGACGCACUUCGGAAGACAGCCAUCCUCAGCGGGCGCAAGAUGUGGCCAAGAACUUCGAAGCAUUGCUACAGAACAAUCAGACUUUGCAGUACACUCUGACGCCGGAAAAUAUGCGCGAUAUGAAUGAUUCCAACCGUUCCCAGAACAGCGGCAGCCCGGUAGCUCAUCACAAGUCUCGCAUGAGUGAAGACGUAAAAUCUGAGCGCUCCAGGUCCUCUUCUAUCAAGAGGUCUCUGUCUGUGACCAAGUCUACGGGUCUGAACUCCCACCCACCUGAGGCGCAGGCGAACGGCAAAUCCCACAGCAAGCUCUCCGGUCCUGUACCUCGGGCACCUCCCGUGUCCAUGGCAAACUAUCACGGAAGGGCCGCUGGCGCACAAGCUAGAGACGCCCGAGUUCCGCGGGAGUCCAUUGCUGAUUUCGCUGACUUUAUUCGGUCGACCGGCCCCAGUGGAGUGAAGGCACCACCAGCACGAACGACCGCUGGGGUUGCUGUUCACGGUCGGAGUACCAGUGGGUCGAUUCCGGUGACGCAGGCCUCGAGCAUGGAAAGCAACCGUCAGCGCCAGGGUUCUGUCAACCGAGCUCGUCUUCAGGCCCGCGAUGCAUCUGUCAGUGCGUCAAAUGAGAGCUCGGAUCUCAUCGAUUUCAUUCGCAGGGGACCGCCUAAUGCAGGCAACAACCCUCGCAUUCCUCGCAAUGUAGCACCUUUCAGGAACACGAUGGACUCGGAUCAACUGCAAAUCUCGGGCGCGAGUGGGGGCAAAGCUGUCGACGCAUCGAUUCCUGAUAUUAGGCACAGCCAAGCAUCUACCGUCAUCACCGAAAACUCUGUACCGUCGUCGAUCAACUCUCAGAGUGCACUGCUGAACAAGGCCAAGAAACCAGCUCAGUAUGGCAACAACUUUGAUGACGAGGACAUGAUCCCGAAGCGCAAGCAACGGAGAGUGCGUGACCCAUAUGCCAUCGAUUUCAGUGACGAGGAUGACGACGACUUUGACAUGGCUCCGCCGCCGCCCAAACCUAAGAAGGAGGAGAGCUUGAUAGAUUUCCUCAACAGCUACGACCCACCCAGCGAUCCUUCUCCGCCACAGCCUUUCAUUACCUCACAGACCCGUCAAGCUGCGCUUCAAGGUGCGCCCGUCGUGCCCAAAAAGAAGGCCAGCGCACCGAACCUGAUCUCAAGGCUCAGAUCAGGUGGAGGGGCAGUAGCCUCUUUUGGACGCAACGGAACUCCUGUGAACGAAGCUCGAUCGGUGAGCAGCAGCCAAGCCAGCCAGGGCAGAGGCUACACUCCUAUCAAUGUCCACAUCCCCAGCGGAGCAGACCAGUUCAUCACCUCGGCACCCCCCAGCAACCGCGCUGUAAGCAGCUCAACAGGCCGGGUUCCGAUGAAGAGGUUUGAGCCCCGUGAGGCAGUAUCCUCCAACGCGGGCAGCAGAACGUCUGACCUGGCAAAUUUCCUGCGUGACUCGGAGCCGCCGCCCUCGACCCUAGCAUCGCAGCCUCCUCGUGCUGAGGAGAAGAGCAGCGGCUUCUCGCGCGUAUUUGAACGCCGCAAGAAGUCGAUUGCAUACUGA